AUAGAUUGCAAGGGCAGAGUGCGCGGCGGUUAAACGCUGCUAGGCCGGCGGCCAGGCAGUGCGCUCUGGGGCGACCGAUCUAGGGCUGCUGCGGCUCUGCGGAGGCAGCGCGGCGCGGCCUGGCCAUGCCGUCCCGGGUGGAGGACUAUGAAGUGCUGUACACCAUCGGCACGGGCUCCUACGGCCGCUGCCAGAAGAUCCGGAGGAAGAUCGACGGCAAGAUACUCGUUUGGAAAGAGCUUGACUAUGGCUCCAUGAUAGAGGCCGAGAAACAGAUGCUUGUUUCCGAAGUGAAUCUGCUCCGUGAGCUGAAACAUCCGAACAUCGUCCGCUACUACGAUCGAAUCAUUGACCGAACCAACACAACACUGUACAUUGUGAUGGAAUAUUGUGAAGGCGGAGACCUGGCUAGUGUAAUUACGAAGGGAACCAGGGAAAGGCAGUACUUAGACGAAGAAUUCGUUCUUCGGGUGAUGACUCAGUUGACGCUGGCACUGAAGGAAUGUCACAGGCGAAGCGACAGUGGCCACACUGUGCUGCACCGGGACCUGAAACCAGCCAACGUUUUCUUGGAUGGCAAGCAAAAUGUCAAGCUCGGAGACUUCGGGCUAGCGAGAAUAUUAAACCACGAUACAAGUUUUGCGAAAACAUUUGUUGGCACACCUUACUACAUGUCUCCUGAACAAAUGAAUCACAUGUCCUACAAUGAGAAGUCAGACAUCUGGUCACUGGGUUGUUUGCUGUAUGAACUGUGUGCACUAAUGCCUCCAUUUACAGCUUUCAACCAGAAAGAACUAGCUGGGAAGAUCAGGGAAGGCAAAUUCCGGCGGAUUCCGUACCGUUUCUCUGAUGAGCUGAAUGACCUCAUUACGAGGAUGUUACAUUUAAAGGAUUACCACCGGCCCUCUGUGGAGGAAAUUCUUGAGAACCCUUUGAUAGCUGACAUGGUCACAGAAGAGCAGAGGGGACAGCUGGAGCGGCGAGGGCGCAGAGGGGCCAGCGCUGGCGAGCCUGAGAAGCCAGAGGACUCCAGCCCUGCACUGAGCGAGCUGCGGCGGAAGGAGCUGCAGCUGCAGGAGCGUGAGCAGGCCCUCAAGGCGCGGGAGGACAUGCUGGAGCAGAAGGAACGUGAGCUGUGUGUGCGGGAGAGGCUGGCUGAGGACAAGCUGGCCCGAGCCGAGGGGCUGCUCAAGAGCUUCGGGCUGCUGAGGGAGCAGAGGCUGCUGUCUCUGGCCAGUGCUUCAGAACUUCUUGAUCUGCCAUCUUCCUCCUCAACAAUUAAGAAGAAAGUUCACUUCAACAGGGACAGCAAAGAGAACAUGGUGAGGAAUGAGAACUCGGAGAGUCAGCUCACUCCCAAGGCCAAGUGCAAGGACCUGAAGAAGAGGCUCCACGCUGUGCAACUGCGGGCGCAGGCGCUGUCGGAUCUGGAGAAGAACUACCAGCUCAAGAGCAGGCAGAUCCUGGGCAUGCGCUAGCCAGGGAGCCGCGGGGGCGCCUGGGGAGCCGCGGGGGCCGCGGGUCGGGCACAGCGUUUAGUGCAGCUGUCCUUCAGAGAUGGGUGUUAACUGCUGUGGCUUUCUACCCCUGGUUCCUGUGCUUCACCUUUCUGUAUAGUGAGCUUGAUAUUUUGGAAUUGCUUUUGCUAUUUUUGGCAGCUGUUGUAGCAGAUGUCCACAUUUAAAUUUUUCUUCUUUUAAGAAUAUUUUAUGGAAGGAAUGUUGCUUUCUGGGUUGGUUGGGGUGUUAAUCCUGUGUGUUUUUACUACUAGGAAUAUGAGAUCCGAUAUUCUACAUAUUGGGGGGGAAAUGUUAGGGAAAAAAUAUUCACAAAGGAGCAGCUCUUCCCGGGAAGUUUCAAAUGACUGAGUUGUGUGUUUCCAACUGUCAUGUCCAGCUUUAGAGUCAGAAUCUGAGGUUUUAAAUGUUCUUGAACUUCUUUGGAAAACCAGAUUGGAUAUUGUUACACCCAGUGAGAGAGAAACAACCAGAGACCGAUAUUAAAUCGAUGCAGGAGUUUUUUACCGGCCGAGACCCGAGCCGAGCAUCGGACUUGAGCCCCAACUGCAGGGAGACAAACAUGUUUUAUACACCUUUGAGGCCAACAGUUUCUAGGCGCCCCCAUGGAAUAGAACUAGCAAAGCAAGCAGAAGGUACAGAAGCGGAAAGUCCUGCCGUUAGAACAUUUGUAAAACAAUAAUUGAUUAAUUGUUGUUUCUAAAAGACUUUCUAAGGGGAGGAGGUUUCUAAGCUUCCUCCUUCUAAGUUCAUCUAAAGGGCUGGCAGGUGGGUCAUUCAGCAAUAUGGAGUCUGUUUUGCUAACUAGGGUCCUUCAGAUAUAAAUUGGUCACCCCAAGACCUCUUGUUUGUAAAUACUCCACUGCAGUGCAAAUCUGUGACAGUGGUGGGAAUCCACCACUGUGUUGUCUGUACUCUUUUAUUCCUUGUUACUCUAUUUAAUCGUGUCUAAACUGGCUGUCAUUUCCCCACCCCUUUCCCACUAAAUAAAAGAAUUCUUUAGUUUUCCUGUA